AUGAGUGCUACCAGAAAAUCCUAGAUCAAACGAGCUUACUCUAAUAAGGGAGUUGUAGGUCGAAAUACCAGUGUUCGAAAAUCUCAAAACUAGAUUAUGCCCUAAGGUCUAUAUUUUACUAAUAUUCAUAACUCGCAUACAACUUUGAAUUCUCAUCCAAACUCAGCAACUACAGCUAUUUCGCAUCAGGACAACUCAGAAAGAAAUUUGAGUGGGAUUUAGCAAUAAUCUUUCUCACCAGUUAUAAUAGAUUAAAAUCAGGUAAUGUGGGCUUAGCAUAAUUAGCAACUUCUUGAGUUAUAAUAGCAACGGUAAUUUAUGAAGACAGCAGCUGCUUCCUCUAAUUAAAUAAGCAUAACCUAGCAAUAAUAGCCAGGUUAGAAUUAGAAAUAGCAAUAUCAGACCCAUCAUUAAAACUUGUAAAAUGUGUAACAGAUUACCAAUUAAACUAGUGCAUUUUCUUAAUAUAAAAAAUCUCUCAGCAGUAAUAAUAACAAUAACAAUAAUCAUCAAUCAGCUGAUAAUAUUGCUCAUAUCGAUUAGGAGAUUUAAUAAAAGUUCAUUAAUAAGCAGAGAAAACUUAGAGUAAAAACAGCAAAAAAAAGAAAUCAUAUUGAUACCAAACUCAUUAGGACACAAUAAUAUAUAACUUAUGAGCCAAGAAUAUUAAGCAAGAAGAGAAAAUCAAUUGAUUCACAGACUAAUAUAGAUCAAAUGCAAUAUUUUGGAGAACCUUAUACUGGGCCAGGAGAUUAUAAUCACGAAAAUAUCACUGGAAAUAAUCAAAUAAUAACAUCAACAAUCCAAUCUCAGCCUAAAUACUCCUUUUCUAAAUCAAUCAGGCCUGAAUUCGAUCUUAACAAAUCUUAGAUUAUCUAAAACAUAAAGAGAAUAAAUUCAUUUUCUAAUAAAAACAGCACAGCUAGUUAUCUGAAUAAGUCUGUAAAUUGUACAAUAGUAACACCAGGUGUAGGUGACUAUGAGAUUGAGAAAGAAGUAGCUCGUUAAAGAUCCCCAGUAUGCACUAUAGGAAAAUAAGAUAGAUUUAAAAGAUUGUCCUCACAACAGAGGUAUAAGCCCAACCUACCAGCUAGUUAUGUAUCCAAUCUUGAUGAGAGGUAAAAACCCAAAAUUUCUCUUGGGAUAAUAGAUAAACAGCAUAGAUUUAAAAAUCAUGGAAGCGUAUCACCUGGUCCAGGAGAUUAUGACUUGACAGGCUUUAAAUCUCUAAGCAAAGGAGAACAUUCUAUUCUUAAUGGAUAAUAUAAUACAACAAGUUCUCCAAGAUUAAUGAAUACUCUGAGUCCUUUUUCAAUGUCUAAAAAUACUUUAAAUCACACUUCAAGGUAAUAAUAUGAAAAGCUAUAUCAUAGAGAAUAUGAUAAGGCCUUGCUCAAUUAAACUGGUCCAGGUCCAAGCUACUAUAAACAUGAGAAGUUCAACUAGAGUUUUACCGCUGAUUAACAUAAAUAUUCAAUUCCUAAGGUAAAUCCUAUUUUUCAAUUCAAUUUAUAUUAGGACGAUAGAAGAAUAAUGCUUUAAGAGUGGGAUGCUAAGCAUAAAACUCCAAUAUAAUAUAGUAACAUUUAGAAGGAGAUUAAUCUACUGCUGAGGAGUUCUUAGAGUAUUAAGAUUCCUCAAUUUAGAAAGAAGUUUGAUCCUAGAAAAAGUAAUAUAUUUUAUAUUUGA